AUGGCAACGACCGUGGCACCGCUCAUUACCACUGCUAUUGCUGCUACUGCCGCUUCUAGUCCGUCGGUGAACUACCUAUGGAUGCUCAUCCUGGGUUUUAUUAUUGCGUUCGUCCUGGCAUUCUCCGUGGGAGCCAAUGAUGUAGCAAAUUCGUUUGGUACAGCCGUGGGAUCAGGUGUAGUGACCCUCAAGCAAGCCUGCAUCUUAGCUAGUAUCUUUGAGACAGUGGGCUCUGUCCUCCUGGGGGCCAAAGUGAGCGAGACGAUCAGGAAGGGCUUAAUUGACGUGGAGAUGUACAACUCGACCCAGGUGCUGCUGAUGGCCGGCUCCGUCAGUGCGAUGUUUGGUUCUGCGGUAUGGCAACUAGUGGCUUCGUUCUUGAAGCUGCCCAUUUCUGGAACCCAUUGCAUCGUCGGUGCAACCAUUGGUUUCUCCUUGGUGGCAAAGGGGCAGGAAGGUGUCAAGUGGUCUGAACUAAUAAAAAUUGUGUUGUCUUGGUUCGUCUCUCCUCUGCUUUCUGGUAUUAUGUCUGGAAUUUUAUUCUUCCUGGUUCGUGCAUUCAUCCUCCGCAAGGCAGAUCCAGUUCCUAAUGGGUUGCGAGCUUUGCCAGUGUUCUAUGCCUGCACGAUUGGAAUCAACCUCUUUUCCAUCAUGUACACUGGAGCACCAUUGCUGGGCUUUGACAAACUUCCUCUGUGGGGUACCAUCCUCAUCUCGGUGGGCUGUGCAGUUUUCUGUGCCCUUAUCGUCUGGUUCUUUGUAUGUCCAAGGAUGAAGAGAAAAAUCGAACGAGAAAUCAAGUCUAGUCCUUCUGAAAGCCCCUUGAUGGAAAAAAAGAAUAGCUUGAAAGAAGACCAUGAAGAAACAAAGUUGUCACUCAGUGACAUUGAGACAAGGAAUCCUGUUUCGGAGGUGGGCUCAGCCACCGUGCCCCUCAGGGCUGUGGUGGAGGAGAGGACAGUCUCAUUCAAACUUGGAGACCUGGAAGAAGCUCCCGAGCGAGAGAGGCUUCCCAGUGUGGACCUGAAAGAGGAAACCAGCAUCGACGGCUCUAUGAACGGUGCUGUGCAGUUGCCAAAUGGGAACCUCGUUCAGUUUAGUCAAGCUGUCAGUAACCAGAUUAGCUCCAGCGGCCAUUACCAGUAUCACACCGUGCACAAAGACUCCGGCUUGUACAAAGAGCUCCUGCAUAAGUUACAUCUUGCCAAGGUGGGAGACUGCAUGGGAGACUCUGGUGACAAACCCUUGAGGCGCAAUAAUAGUUACACUUCCUACACCAUGGCAAUCUGCGGCAUGCCUCUAGAUUCCUUCCGCGCCAAAGAAGGUGAACAGAAGGGUGAAGAGAUGGAGAAGCUGACGUGGCCUAACGCAGACAGCAAGAAGCGAAUUCGAAUGGACAGCUACACCAGUUACUGCAAUGCUGUGUCUGACAUUCACUCAGCGUCAGAGAUGGACAUGAGUGUCAAGGCAGAGAUGGGUCUGGGCGACAGGAAAGGGAGCACUAGCUCCCUGGAAGAAUGGUGCGACCAGGACAAGCCAGAAGUGUCUCUCCUCUUCCAGUUCCUGCAGAUCCUCACGGCCUGCUUCGGGUCCUUUGCCCAUGGUGGCAAUGACGUCAGCAAUGCCAUUGGUCCUCUGGUUGCUUUGUAUCUGGUUUAUGACACUGGUGAUGUUUCCUCAAAAGUAGCAACACCAAUAUGGCUUCUGCUCUAUGGUGGUGUUGGUAUCUGUAUUGGUCUCUGGGUGUGGGGAAGGAGAGUCAUCCAGACCAUGGGGAAGGAUCUGACACCCAUCACACCCUCUAGCGGCUUCAGUAUUGAGCUGGCAUCUGCCCUCACUGUAGUAAUUGCGUCGAAUAUUGGUCUUCCCAUCAGCACGACACAUUGUAAAGUGGGCUCUGUUGUAUCCGUUGGCUGGCUCCGAUCCAAAAAGGCUGUCGACUGGCGACUCUUCCGCAACAUUUUCAUGGCCUGGUUCGUCACGGUCCCCAUUUCGGGUGUCAUCAGCGCUGCCAUCAUGGCAGUCUUCAAAUACAUCAUCCUCCCAGCGUUAGGCUGUGUGUGA